AUGAUUCGUUUUUCAGUUCCACCAUUGCGUCAAGUGCCUGGUGUUGAGAGAUUAUACCCCUCAAUUGCAACUGAAAGCCAUGCAAAUAUGGAUGACGAAUCGGUACAAUUUGGUAUUCAAGAUGAGACUCCUCUUCAUAAUAUUCCUACUGAUUUUGAUAUAUCAAAUAUUCGAAAGAUAAAAAUUGCUGAUGGAUCGUUAAUUAACUGUGAAUGCGCAAUUAGGAUUGACAAUGAUAUGAUAACGCAAUCAGAAGUGUUAGACACACUAUUGAGUGGUGCCUUACAUGCUCGUGGACAAUCGUUAAGGGAACAUCGAUUAUUCAAUUUAGAUGAGAACGAAUUAGAAGCAUUGACUAAAGCACAACGAAAAAUUGGACAUAAUGAUCAAGCAAAAGAAACUAUUGAACAAUCUUUCAAGUUUGAACGCAGAUAUAAAGAGGCAUUAACAGAAAAAACACUAAUCGAACAAAAAGCUAAUAGAGAACAAAGACUAGCGAAGGAAAAAGCAAUGGAACAACAAAGAUUAGACGAGGAACGUAUACUACUUGAACGUCCAAAAUUAAUAACAGCGAGUCAAACGAAUGAGAUACGACGAACUCAUGACCGAUCGUUGUAUAAUAUUUUGUCAAUUGAUGGUGGUGGUUUUAGAGGUGUUAUGCCAGCUAUCUGGUUAACAGCAAUCGAAAGAGGAACAAGACGCCACUGUUCAUCCAUAUUUCAGAUGUUAGCUGGUACAUCAACGGGUGCUAUUAUUGCUUGUGGUCUCUCUAUGCCUCCUGCUGCAAAUAAUACAGAGCCUAUAUACACAGCCAGAGAUAUUGUUUAUUUGUAUAAUAGACAUGCAUCCGAUAUUUUUGUUCCUGCAACACGCCGUCGUUUAAUUUAUCGAUGGUGUACGCAAUCAUCUCGCUAUUCGAGAAUCGGCCGUGAACUUCUAUUCAAGAAGUAUUUUGAAGGUGCUUUAAUAUGUAAUUCUCUAACGGAUGUCGUCGUACCAGCUGUACAAGCUGAUCAUACUCGUACUUAUCUUUUCACACGCUAUGACUCACGAACUGGGAAUAUUCGACCUGCUUCUAUUGUAGAUAUUCUCAUGAGCACUACAGCUGCGCCAACUUAUUUUCGACCACAUACAUUUGACUAUUCGGCUUAUGUAGACGGUGGUGUUCAAAUGAAUAAUCCAACCAUAGCUGCUUAUUCAGAGGCUUUACGGUACGGUUGUCGCAGUGAAGACAUAUUCGUAUUGUCCUUAGGUACUGGUGACUAUGUUCAUGAUCCUUUACGUUGGCCAACUGCCAGUCGUAACUGCUGUUUUUGGUUAUGGAAUAGCAAAAUUGUUUUAAAAAAUCUUUUUGAUAUUGCACAAAAUAAUGUAGAUUAUCAAAUGAAUUUAAUUUUAGGUCAAAAUAAUUAUCAUCGUUGGCAAGUAUGGUUUGAAGAUGAAAUACCACUUGACGAAUAUAGUACGGAAACACAAGAGAUUCUAGAAGAUCAUGCAUAUACUUUUUUAGAGGAACUAGAAGCUCGUGAUGAUAAUAAACGAUUGGGUGCUAUAUUGGAACGACUGAGCUAA